UGUAAACGUACACAUGUGAUCGCGUCUCAUGUUGUGUCAGCUAGCUAUUUAGUAUAGUUACUAUUUCAUGUAGACAUUUGGGAUUGUUAAAUCGAAGAUAUGGCUUCUCGGGCUUAUGGUGCGUGUGUCCUUUAUCAAAGGGUGGUUGCUGUGAGGAUAAUGUACAGGGUAUGUCUUGUUUUUGCUCUUCCCACACUGUCAUUGAUCCAUUCUCUCAAAUGUGCCCUUUUCUUCUGUGAUCCAUCCUUCAUUUUUUGUGACCUUGAAGUCUGAUUGACGACUCACCAUCUUUAUUAAUAGAGGUUGUGAAAAAUGAUAUUGAGAAUGUUAAUGUCAGUUAUGUCUCGAAUAACUUGUCUUUACCCACAGGCACUAAGUGCAGCAGUGCAUCCCCAAUCCCAUGCAGACUUCCUAAAAGGUGCUCCCCACAGGAAACACCCAGGGGUGACCAAUCUGAAGACACUGUGCCUGCCAGAUGAACUCCAGAAAGCAGCACAAGCUAUCAUUCAUGGUAGGAGAUUUUACGUCCUUAUCUCAAUAGUGUUACUUAUUGCCAUGGUAUUGCUUUUGAGUAAUACAAUAUCACGAGACAGUGUUACCAUUUAGUGACAGUAUUAUUCUUGUAUUUUGUUCUCCCAACUUGCAGGCACAGAAGUGAGUGGGUUGUUUGACAAAGCACGCAGUCUCACCAACUUCCUUUGGAGCAGGAAGAGAGCGCCUGAGGAUGUAACACUGAGGGAAAGAGCCAUGGCCCUGGAGAAGAAUCUGUGGGAGAAGGCAAAAGAGAAGGGUGGAGGUGACAGACUUAAUACAAAUGGAUGUUAAAAGAUAGAAAGGGGCAGAGAUUUGGCAGUAUGGAAUGUUGGGAGUGAGGGAAAGGUGAAAUGGAUGAACGACUUCCAGAAAAGUGUCUUGCUCAAGAGGACACAAGAUGGAGAAGAUGUGGUAGUGUGAAGUUAACGUCUGUUUUUAUUUCAGAUGUAGACGUUCAACUGCUGGAGACCCAAAUCACAAAGAAAGUGCUGUCCAAUCUCAGGAAGACAACAUACCACUGGUCCCCUAUGAGGUAGCUGUGUGUUUUCCUCAACUGUGAACAUCUCUGCUUGGUAAGCUUAAAGUAGUAUGUAACUUAGUAUUUCUGUCUCACUCUUCUCUUCUGUCUCUCUGUCCUAGGUACGAUGAAGAGUUGGGUGUGGUGUACAUGGCUGCUAGGCUGGCAGGUGGCUACGCUGCAGUGAAAAGAGCUCUAAAUGAGGUAAAAUAACCAGUCUUACCACACACUAACAUGCUUUACAUACAGUCUGAUCCCCUCUUGCCAACAGUGGGACCAUUGCAUGACCCUCUCUCACUUUUUUUCAUCACUCUUUCCAGAUAAAGAAAAGAGAUCCCUCCUUCUCCCCUCAUUCUCUCCUGGACUUUGGUUCAGGAUUAGGAACAGUUGUCUGGUGAGGAUCAGAACAAUAACACAAUUUCAGUUGUCUGUCUGUGUAGUGAGACUUCACAUUAAGAUUCUCCUUCCUUUUCUCCCAGGGCAUCACACUCAUUUUGGGGUGAAACGUUGAAGGAGAUGGUGUGUGUCGACAAUUCUGGGGCAAUGAACACUAUAGCUGAUCGCCUUCUCAGAGGUAUGCACGUCCAGUCAUUCAUGUGAAUGUACAGGGAGCGAGACAGAGAAUUACAUAAUCAUUAUACUGUUCUUUGUUGAGCAGGCGGCAGUGAAAAAUAUGAGCCUGUCAUCAAACAAGUCUACUUCCGUCAGUUCCUUCCUGUCUCCCCUAAGGUUAGUCAAGUUACCUUCAUUGUGUCUGAUUAUGUGAAAGACUAACAAUGUGAUGGCAUUAGUGAUGAUGCGGUGUUAUAUUUUCAGGUGCAAUUUGAUCUGGUGGUGGGGGCCUUUUCUCUGUCAGAAUUGGCCAGUCAGAAGGAGAGGGAAGAUGCCAUACUCACUUUGUGGAGAAAGACCAGCUCUUAUCUGGUUGGUGAAAAUUUUCCAUCAAACCCCAUCCAUUAUACAAUAAGUAAUAUUACCAAGAAUCACCCCAACCUCUUUUCUUUGAACUCUGCUCUUGUUGUAGGUGCUGGUAGAAAAUGGGACCAAAGAGGGCCACCAGAUACUUAUGGAUGCCAGAGACAUACUACUUAAGGUCUCACUCUCUCAAACAUAUACUAUAGUCAUCUGCUUUUAAUAUCUAAAUACAUGAUAGUCAUUGAAAGUAAAAUGAUGCCUUUAUUACUCUAAUCCCAGAAACAAGAAAAAGCAGCCCAUGACCCUAGAAGACCAUCUGUGUUCGCCCCAGUAUGUUAUUAUACAUUAACCACCUUAUAAUGCAUUCUGACGUCUCAUUCGCCAGUGUAUUUCACCCAUGUUUGUUUUUUGUCUGCUUUGUUUUGGCAGUGUCCUCAUGAUUCACCUUGUCCAAAGCUGGUCCAACUGCCCUUAGUACCCUGCAACUUCUCUCAAGCCUACAGCCCGCUCCCUUUACCUGGGGUAAGAGAUCAUUCUGAAGGAUCUGACUGUAUUUUCUGGCUGUAGGCCUACUUGACCAUGUGUUCAUGAGAUAGAGGGGUAGAUCAGCGAUAAAAGUAUGAGGGAUAGUUGUGUCCUCUGUAGCUCAGCUGGUAGAGCACGGCGCUUGUAACGCCAAGCGCUUGUAACGCCAAGGUAGUGGGUUCGAACCCCGGGACCACCCAUACACAAAAAAAAAAUUAUGCACGCAUGACUGUAAGUCGCUUUGGAUAAAAGCGUCUGCUAAAUGCCAUUUAUUAUUAUAUUUAUUUAUAGUUGGCGUAACAUUGAAUGAAUGCAAGAUAAUCUGGCCUGUACUAUUCUUAGUCCUGUUAUUUAUUUCACAGGCCCCAGACCGACUGACCGAGAGGUUCAGCUACCUGGUUCUGUCCAGAACAGACUGGGCAGGUGGAGAGGGUAGUGGAGAGGGGCUGGACUGGGCCAGGCUCACAGCACCAGUGCUGCGCAGGCCGAGACAUGUUCACUGUCAGGUCUGCUGCACUAGUGGAGAGCUUAAACGGGUUGUGGUGACAGCCCAUCGACAUGGCAGGUACGUUGAAUCCUCCAACUAGCAUCAUUACACUUCCACUGUCCAAGUUCAACUGCAUGCAUGACUGAUUGUAUCUUUUCCACACAGAGACGUGUAUCGCUGUGCCCGGAGUAGUGAUUGGGGAGAUCAACUGCCAAUCAUUCAGCCAGAGGACGACACAAGUAAUUUAGACUGACCAGUCAAUGCCAUUAUGAAUGGAGAUAGAACCUGAACGCACCAGGAAGGAUGACCUUCGAGGGUGUUUCUGUGAAAUCAACUGUUCCCUUCAUAGACUGAUCAAAAACGGGUUGACAUCCAUCAGGCUGAGGAUAACUGACAUGACAUGGAACACCAACAUUGAUUCAAGCACAACUCUCCUUCUUAAAAGGUCUGUGGUUGAGAUUGUUAAUGUGAACAGUAUGUUCAGUAUAUGACUGUCAAGGACACAGCAAUAAAAGUGUAUGAUUUGUUACAUCCUGUGUUUACUAAGUGAAUAAGUGCCACACACAUUCAUCUUACUUUGAUCAGAACCCCACCCUCCGCUCACCACUGUCCAUAAAUUGCAUGUUGUUUCCUGUAAUGGGGAAGAACAU